CUGUCAAUCAUCCUGUUAAUUGACAGGCGGAGGAUGAAGCCAGCGGCAGCGUUCAGGUUCUGCACGGUCCCCGAGCGGAUCCUGCGGGAUGCGGUCAGGAGGAAUCAUUUAGCAAGGAAUUUAACUGGACUGGCAGCAACUCACACCAGCAGUACCACUGAUUCUGGCCGUUCGUACCAAGCAGCAGUGUGCACCGAGCUAAAGAAACCUCUGGUGAUCAAGCAGCUGCCUUCAGUUGCACUCAAGCCCACCGAGGUGCGAGUGGAUGUUCAUUGUUGUGGUGUAAACUUUGCUGAUCUUCUGAUAUGCCAGGGCCUGUAUCAGGAGCGGCCUCCGGUCCCCUUCACUCCAGGAAUGGAAUUUGCAGGGUCUGUGCUGGAGGUUGGACCAAACGUCACAGCGAUCCACAAGGGAGACCGUGUGAUAGGUGUGAGUUCCACUGGGGCAAUGGCAGAACAAUGCGUUGUUGAUCACAAGAUGCUGUGGCCCAUCGGAGAGGAGAUCUCCUAUGAGGUGGCUGCGACAUUACCUGUUUCGUAUGGCACGGUGAUUCUGGCACUGCAGCAGCGAGCAAAGACACAGCCAGGGGAGACUGUUCUGGUGACGGCAGCAGCUGGUGCAGCAGGACUUGCAGCUGUGGAUGUUGCAUCGCAUGUCCUAAACGCCAAGGUCAUUGCUGCUGCAGGGACUGAUGAGAAGUGCGAACUGGCUGUGCGGAAGGGCGCUGUGGCAAGCAUCAAUUAUACUACAAAGAGUAUGAAGGAGGAAGUGAAAAAACUGACAGCAAACAGAGGGGUGAAUGUGGUGUUUGAUGCCGUUGGAGGAGACGUUUUCAAAGAAGCUUUCAGCAGCUUGGCCUGGGAAGGCAGGAUUGUGGUGGUUGGGUUUGCUGGUGGAAAUAUACCGACUGUACCAGCCAACUUACUGCUCCUGAAGAAUGUGGCGGCAAUGGGUGUUUACUGGGGAAGAUAUCAACAUCAAAAUUUCCCAGUCUUCUCCAGAUCCAUCAUGUCUGCAAUCCAAUACUGUCAGGAGGGGAGAACCAAGCCUCACAUUGGAGCAGCCUAUAAACUACAGCAGUGUAAUUUUCGGGCCAGCUUUGUGAGGAGGCAGUGUUCAGACUCCCGAGAGAGAAGCACCAUUUUUGCCAUGAGCUCGGGUCAAGGCAGGUGUGGGGUUGCCGUCAUCCGAGUGAGUGGACCCGCCAGCAGCGAUACGCUGGUCUGCCUGACUGGCCGGAGAGCUCUUCCCCCGGCCCGGGCUGCUGUCCUCCGGUCACUGCUGGACCCCAGGUCUGGGGAGCGCCUGGACUUGGGCCUGGUGCUGUGGUUCCCAGGCCCCCACAGUUUCACCGGGGAGGACUGCUGCGAGUUCCAUGUCCACGGGGGGUUAGCGGUGGUCAGCGGAGUUCUCCAAGCCCUGGGAUGCUUACCUGGGCUACGCCCAGCCCAAGCUGGGGAGUUCACCAAACGUGCUUUUCAGAAUGGGAAGCUGGACCUGACAGAGGUGGAGGGGCUGGGGGACCUCAUUCAUGCUGAGACAGAAGCCCAGAGAAGGCAAGCCCUGCGGCAAAUGGCUGGUGACCUGGGACACCUGUACAGCGGCUGGAGUGAGAGGCUAACCCGCUGCGUGGCCCAUGCGGAAGCUUACAUUGACUUCAGUGAGGAUGACAACAUUGAAGAGGGAGUGCUGGAUGAAGUUGACAGUGAUGUGCACGCAUUGCAGCGUGAAAUAGAAGGCCACCUACGUGACAGUCGCCGAGGCGAAAGGCUGAGGGACGGAGUCCACGUGGCAAUUGUGGGCGCACCCAAUGCUGGCAAAAGCAGCCUCAUGAAUUCAAUCUGUCAGAAGCCCGCCGCCAUAGUCUCGCCAAUAGCAGGGACGACACGGGACGUUGUGGAGACGGCCCUGAACAUUGGAGGCUACCCCGUUCUUCUGAGCGACACAGCCGGGCUCCGGGAGACCUCCGACAUGGUGGAGCAAGAGGGCGUGAGGCGUGCUCGGGAAAGGCUUCAGCAGGCGGACAUGGUGGUGCUGGUGGUGGAUGCUGCGGAACUGCCGCCACACCUGACCGGGAUGGUCCACUUCCUCCAAGAUUAUCUGAGUGAAGUGACGAGGCACGCAUCUGACGAGCGUCGAGUUGAAAGCAGCCCGGCCGCAGGGGACUGGAUUGUGGUUUGUAAUAAGAUAGAUCUCGUUCCGCUGGAGGAGCUGAAUAAGCUGCAUCCGGCUCUGAGAGAUUGCGGGCUGCCUUCGGUGCGCCUGUUGUCAUGCAAAACUGGCUGGGGUUUCGACGAUUUCUUACGUCUCCUUGGUGAACGAGUUGAAAAAAUGUGCGGGAAUCCGUUGGCUGGCAGUCCUAGCUUAACACAGGCACGUCACCGGCUGCACCUCCAGAACUGCAGCAAUGCCCUAACGCAGUAUCACCAGCAACGAGAGCUGGAUCUUGUCCUCGCCACAGAGCAGCUGAGAAUGGCAUUGAGACAACUGGGAAAGAUCACUGGGAAAGUUGGAGCCGAAGAAAUCCUGGAAGUUAUAUUCAGGGAUUUCUGCAUUGGGAAAUAAAGCUUCCUAAAGAAAGAGUUUUAAAAACUCUUCCAAUGUCAUGGAGACUUAAAAUGGGGAGCAUUUCAACUUUUUGGGACAGACUGAGAUGAGGCUGGAUUAGAGCAGGCACACAGUCCUGGCAGCACAUGACGAUUCACGUAAAAUGUUAUGGUAUCAGCUCAUCAAGCCAAGUGACAUUGAACUAAAACCAGUAUGGAAUCUAUCACUCCAAGAACUAUUAAUUUAUUCAAUACCUCAAGUGACUUUACCAGAUCGCAGAUAUUUUUAUUGGAGCCCACGAACAGCAUGAUCAGCGGGCAUCUAUUCUCAAUCUUUUUCUAAAACUAUUUAUUUGCUAUGCAAAGCAAUGUGUAGCAAGAUUACAUAAAAAGCUGCUGAUUGUCAUACCAUUAAAUGUGAUUAAAUGCAGAGAACUUAAUAAUGCAAGUAGAGUUUAAUCUAAGAUAAGCAAAGUGGUAAAUUGGCUUUCUCUGUCUCUCAGAAAAUACGAGUAAUCAUGACUGUUUCUGACAGACAGCAGGAAGAUCUCAGAUUUGAUCCGUUCUGUGCUGAGUUAAAUGAUAUCAAAGAGAAUAUUGUUGGCAGUACUGCAGUUGUCCGCCUGCCUUUAAGUGGAAGGAGAAAAAAACAAUUGUACAGGAUUUUUGCUAUUGAUUGUUAUUUAAUGUACCUGCAUUGGAAUCUUCCCGUGAAAGCUGGAUGAGGAUAUAAUGGGCUUGAUCAGAUAGUAUGCUGCAUUUGCUUUUGAGGGGCACACAUGAAUAAUUUGACCAAGAAUCAGAGGACGAGUGUCUUCUGUGGGACUGUAUCACAGUAAAUGCCUCUGGGAGACAAAAUGGUUGAGCAGAGAAAAAAGAAAUAUAGGAGAUGUACAGAGUAUUACAAGCAAAAAAGAAAUAAUCUCAAAACAGAAUGAAACCAAGUUGCCAAUGCUGUCCUAAGAAAGAAAAAAUAAAUAACUAGCUGGUGUUUCAAACAAGAAUUGAUUGCUGACCCAUUUUGCAGUAUAUUCAGGGAGGAUGAGGACACAGCCAAACAUAUUGUCAACCACAAAAAUUUCUAUCUGCAACUUCUGACCAUGUUGAAAAGAUCAGUUAAUCUUGUGGCAAAAGCACAGAGGAAGUUUCACUGGGAAGCCCAGAUGCCUGGAUGAGGGAAUUAAUUUGAGCCAUAAUGCUAGCAAUUUCUUCAAAAGAACACAACCCUGUGAUUUUUAGUUAGUGACAUGUCCAGAAAAUAUAAGGGUGUUCACCAGCUCCCUUAUAUUAUCUUCAGCAAGACUGACAAAAAAAUGGCUUUAUAACAGUAGGACAAGUAGAUUCUAGUAAUUAAAAAAAAAAUUAGCAGACCUAUUCCUUAUAUAGCAAGAGGUUAUGUGGUUCUAUAACAACAUGAACAUUAUACGCAUCGUGCAGUGCAUGAUAAAGUAUUGAGAAUAAUAUUUGUCACAAAGUUGUUUCCUGGUGGAUUUAAAAAGGAUGUCGCUCAAGUUUUGUUUAACCUGGGAUUGUUAUAAAAUGAACAUGUCACUUUCUACAGUGCAGCCAGGAAUAUGUAUAAUUGCAUUGAGUUUGUAUUGAACUUUGCUGAUCAGAGUUUUCACUUGAUUUAUUUUUGCGCUAAGAUUGUUAUUUAGUUUUACCAGUUCAGCACUCUCCAUUACACUACUGAUGCCCAAUCGCAUGUUGGGUCACAAUCUCCCUGGCCAGAGUACAAAGAUACUAUUGCAUAUAGGUAGCAAUCAUGAUGAAUGCAGUUAGAAGAUCAGUAUUGACCUUGAUGGACCUCUAUCGAUGAAUGCAGAAAUAAAGAAAAGGGUCCUAAAACAUGUUAGAAAAGCUAUGCGCAUUGGAAGCAUAGCUUGCUCAUGUGGGCAGCAUGAAUGCCUGAGAUGAAUAUGUGAGCAUUCAAAAACGCAAAGUUGCAAAAAAAAAUUAUGACCUGGUAAUUCAUCAAGGAAGAAAUAUGUAGAUGACUCAGGUAGAAGCUGGUUCAUUAUUGUAUGGUAACUGUCAUAAUGAGCAAAAUGAGAUAUUUGUACUUAGUGGUACUUUAUUGGCUUUGUGAUUUUCUAGGUAAAUGAAGCUUUUCUACACGUGUUUCAACGCAAAUCCACUGGGAAGGUCAUCAUAAAGAUGAAAUGUACUGAACCGAAGGGAGAAAUUGGAGACAAGUUGGACUAGGAAAUAAUAUGCUGCUCUGACUUUGAAAGAACAGAACUAAUAUUGUACAUCCUGGUAACCUAGUAGAAAUCCAAAUAAAACACUUGUUAUAAUUUUA